GGACGCACAUUGUUGCUAGGCGCAGGAGGAUGUCCGUAUUAAAAGCGCAUCAGCACUGGUACAGAAACUAACUAAGAAAGCCUUCGCGACUAUAACAUAACGCGCGAGGAAUCUUUAGGGAGGUGUCGGGACCUUAUUACCCGAGAUGAGGAGAGCAUUGCCGCAGUGAGCAAAUAAUCUGAUCAACGCUUCUGCACCGGGCUGUGGAUUUCAUGUCCCGGACAAACGUUGACAUUUAUAAGAACCAAGGGUAGCCUACCCCGGUUUAAAAACAACAAUGUGGCGGUUUGAUGAAAGUACAUGCUGUCUCAGAGAUAAUUCAUUAAAAUGUUGUUAUACAUUUCGAGCUAGCAAUUAUAGAAACGAACAGCCGCGCACUUUAUAGUUUUAUGACGGAUUAAACAACGCGACAGCCUCUGUGAACUACCCAACAUGGUGAGUUCGUAAGAGAUAGCCUAUUCAUAUCAGUUUCACAUUGGAAAAUUGAAUGGGAUGGUCUUUUUAAAUGAUUCUGAAGUAGAUUUUUGACAUGGAUUUGUAUUAUUGUUAAAAUAAAAUGCAAGGGAGCUAGCGUCGUAUUUGAAUUGGGUGCCAUGGCUCACUAAUUGAAAUUUAAAAACUAACUCUAUUAAUGAUUCGACUAGGCUAUAAUUAAUAUUUGAUAUCAUAUGUAAAAGAAGAAUUAAGCAUUCGGUUCUCAAAUGAUGCCAAACUGCGUCAGUGCAGAUUGGCAUUGCAGGUGCGUCCAUUCAAGGAGGACCAUGCAAACGGCUGAAUGUCACAGAUAAGUGUUCAGCUAUUCACGGGUCAUGGAAAACCUGACUCGAUCCGACUCUGAGAAGCAGCCUUUGCGCUUAGCGGUUCCUCCAGUCCCCUCAAAAAAGACCGGAAUUUAUGAAAAUGGUCACGAACAGCCCACUCAUACGGACCCCACCGUUGCAGCGAUCAGAGGGGCCAGUGAUCCUACCGCAUACCCCCUAUCGGAUUACCGAAGGCUGGUCCGGCAGAGAUUUAUACGCAGAAGUUUGUGGUUCUCUGAGUCAGAGGAUCAAGAACUCGAAGUUCUCGAGUGCGACAGCACCGGCAGCAGUCCCAUUAAAAGCGCGCAUCCGCGGAGCGCACAGAUUGCAGUGCAGAGGAGCUCAAACGCUGAGAGUCAGGUGGUGCAAGGGGAUGGUGACAACGAGAAUUUGGGAAAAGAGCGAGAGACACGCGAGGCCGAGCAAAGACACGAUGCUGAGCCGUCUGAAAGCGACAAGAGUGUGGGGAAAGCUGGGAGCGACGAGAACGAGGAAGAGGCCGAAAUGAAGGCGGUAUCCACCUCUCCAGGUGGACGCUUUCUCAAGUUUGAUAUAGAGCUUGGCAGAGGGUCCUUCAAAACGGUCUACAAGGGCCUGGACACUGAGACGUGGGUGGAGGUGGCCUGGUGUGAACUUCAGGAUCGUAAGCUGUCCAAAAUGGAAUGUCAGAGGUUUAAAGAGGAGGCAGAGAUGCUGAAAGGUCUCCAGCAUCCGAACAUUGUGCGUUUCUAUGACUUUUGGGAAUCUCCUCUUAAAGGGAAGAAGUGCAUUGUUUUAGUCACCGAACUGAUGACAUCUGGAACGCUGAAAACGUAUCUGAAGCGUUUCAAGGUGAUGAAACCUAAAGUUUUGCGAAGCUGGUGCAGACAGAUCCUGAAAGGUCUCCACUUCCUCCAUACGAGGACCCCUCCUAUCAUCCAUCGGGACCUGAAGUGUGACAACAUCUUCAUUACUGGUCCUACAGGCUCAGUCAAGAUCGGAGAUCUCGGUCUGGCCACACUAAAGAGAACUUCCUUUGCCAAAAGCGUUAUAGGCACGCCAGAGUUUAUGGCCCCUGAGAUGUAUGAGGAACACUAUGAUGAAGCUGUGGAUGUGUAUGCAUUUGGGAUGUGUAUGCUGGAAAUGGCCACAUCUGAGUAUCCAUAUUCAGAAUGCCAGAAUGCAGCACAAAUCUAUCGCAAAGUCACCAGUGGAGUGAAGCCAGCCAGUUUCGGUAAGGUGACUGUGCCUGAAAUAAAAGAAAUCAUUGGAGAGUGUAUCUGUCAUCACUGGGAGGAAAGGUACUCCAUUAAGGAUUUACUAAACCACGCAUUCUUUGCGGAGGACACUGGUGUGAGGGUAGAGCUGGCUGAAGAAGAUGAUGGCAAGAAGGCAUCCAUAGCUCUGAGGCUUUGGGUAGAAGACCAGAAGAAACUAAAGGGGAAAUAUAAAGACAGCGGUGCCAUUGAGUUUACCUUUGACCUAGAUACAGAAGUCCCGGAAACAGUCGCCCAGGAAAUGGUGGAUUCUGGCUUCUUUUCAGAGGCUGAUGUGAAGAUUGUGGGUAAGUCUAUCCGUGAUCGCGUGGCUCUUUUAAAGUGGAGACGUCAGCGCAUAGUCUCAGGCCUUAAUGGGAAAACACACAAGAGCGGCACCAAGACCGAGACGUCGAAUCUCCUUCAGGUGCCCUCCACAGGGCCCACAGUGGGCGGAACACCUAGUCUUCCAUCCGAAACAGAGGAGGCACAGAGUGAAGCAGUCAGCCUGGUCUGCAGUGCCCUAACCUGUGCAACUACAGCCACAUCUGAUAGCAGUGCAGGCUCAAUAGUGAUAACAAGUGCUUCGAGCAACCAAGACAGCACCUCUCAGCAGUCCCUUUCAGAGCCAAAUUCCACUGCCCAGAGGGUCUUAAGCCCUCCAGCACAGCUCCUAGCUCAGUUACCACAAGGUGCCCAACAGCCAUCAACUGCACACAUGCCUCUGGGGACUCAACAACAACCUGUUCUACAAAUGCACCCACAACAAAGCAUGGGCCAGAUACUCCAGGGGACCCAGCAACAUCCCAGUCUUCAGCAGCCCCAGGGAGUCCAACAACAGCCUAGUGCUCCUCUGCACCAGGUGGCACAAGCACCAACCCCUGGUUUGGUGCCUCAAACACCCCAGCAUCAACCCACAGUCCAGCUUCACCAGCAAUAUCAGCAGCUACGUCAAGAAGCUUUUCAGAAAUCUGCUGGACACCUGCAUCAGAGCUCAUACCAGCAAUCACCUCCAUCUGCUCAAUUGUUUCAUUCUAAGAUGGUCUCUGCUCCAGCUACUCCUGUACCACAUGCUCGUCCAAACCCAGAGAGCCUUCCUGCCUCUGCCCUUACAUCACAGCAAAACCAGACUACUGUACCACUAGCACAGGAGUUUCAUCUCUAUUUCCAUCUUGAAGCUUUGCCACCUCAGACUUUAUCAACUUUUCCACCUAUAGUGCAGUCAUCUUCAGAUGCUCAGUCUCUUCCACAGCAUCUAUUACAGUCAGCAUCUUUAAUGCUCAGCACCACUACUCUUCCUCCACAACCACAGCUGAAUGUUCAGACUGCUCCCUUUCUUCAGCCUCUACAAAUUUCCACACAGUUUUCUUCGCCAUAUACUCUUUUGCCAGAAGGGGGUGUAUCUGCAAGGACAGAGCCAAUACCUUUUUCCUUAGUCUCUUACCCUUCUCCCUAUCCCACAAAUGCUUCUCCAGUAUCUUCCUCCUACUAUUCACUAAGCCCAAUCAGUGCUCCUCAUCCUACGGUACCCAUGCAGAAUGUACCAUGCAUAAUAGGAGCAGACACACCUGUUUCUACCCCUCUAAAUGUUCCUACUCCUAUUCCUCACCUUGCUAUGGCCUUGUCCCCACCCAUAAUACCCCCCGAGCAACAUCAGCAGAUGUACUCCCCUGUUCCAUCACCGGAAGGUGACCUUUUUCAACCCCAACCAACACAGCCCUCCGUGCCUCUCCCUAAACCAGUCUCCCUCCAGCUACAAGACCCAUCUAUUCCUGAACCCUUUGCAGAGGAGUACCCUCAUCAUCAGGAAUCUCAGGUCUUGGCUCCAGUUUACACCAUUCUGUCGCAGGUCCAGUCUCCUCCACAGGAAAGCCAAUCAGAGCCAAAGUUUACAAGUGCCCAAGCCCAAUCCGAGAGACUGGAGCCACCUCUGCAGCAUGCUGGCAUACAGACAGGAUGUGCUAUUCCUGAGAGCACAAGUAUGCCUGGUACAACUCAGCAAAUGCUGGACACUGCGUCAGUGUCCUUUGCCCCUGCACCAGAACCCAACCCAAUUCAACCAAGCACUGAGGCACCUGUGUCUAUUCCACUCCUUAGUUAUGUAUGUGACGGCUUAAACCAAGAUGCAGGAUCUGGGAAAGAGAUAAGUGACAGCUAUGAAGGAUCCACUGGUGGAGGAAAGGGUGACGGCAAACCCAGAAAGCACCACCGCAAAUCUACUCGUACGCGCUCACGGCAGGAAAAAAUGAACAAACCCAAACUGAGCAUGCUAAAUGUUUGUAAUACUGGCGACAAGAUGGUGGAAUGUCAGCUGGAAACACACAAUCAUAAAAUGGUGACCUUCAAAUUUGAUCUAGACGGAGACGCACCUGAAGAAAUUGCCACUUAUAUGGUGGAAAAUGGUUUCAUUCUGCCAAUAGAAAAGGAGAUCUUCAUUGAUCAGCUGAAAGACAUUGUCGACAAGGCAGAGGAUAUUCUGAGUGAGGAUAUGGAUGGAGAGAAGGCAUCAGAACUUAGGAAAAGUCAAGGACAAACUACUGGAGAUGUAGGGGAAGAGGGAAUGAAAAGACAGCAACCUGGGGCUCCUCAGCCAGUUUAUCAACAAAAUGUUCUACACACAGGUAAGAGGUGGUUCAUCAUCUGCCCUGUGGAAGAGGCCCCGGCGGCUGCCAGUCAGACUGCAUCAUCAGAUGGAGGCCCAUCCACACAUUCUUUAUCCACAACAAUAACUGAUGGUACAGCCACUGCUCAGCCUGCUGAGAGUGUCUCAACCCAGCCACCAGAACACAGCACAGGAUCUGCUUCAAUGGAUUCAGAGGCCUGUGCCACAGCACCUCCAUCUGGAGGAAGUGAUCCCUAUGCGGUUUGGAGCCCCCUCUCUUUGACCACUACAGAUUCUCUUUCUCUGGCUGCUCUCUCCCAUGCUCCCCUUGUUCCCCAAGCUGCCACAAUGCCAGCCCAGCCUGCUUCCCAUCCAGAGGAGGUGCCAAAUUUGGGCUCCGCCCAGGUCAGUGGGCAGCAGUCCAGGCCUUGCAUGUACUCUCAUAGCUCUCUUUUUGUGGAUGAGACCCAGUGUGGCAGAUUAAGCUCCAUCUCCCCCAUCCACACUGCUCAGCAGAUGGCUGAGAUUGCAUAUGCUUCCUCCAUAGUUGAGGACAUGCCAUGCUGCCCCUUGGUCAUGCCACUGUCCCUCGAAUUGAACAGUGAGGCUCAGAGGUCAUCCUCCGUGAUGCCACCACUAUCACAGGACACUACGUCUGCUCGCGAACAGCUCCACUCCAUUACAUCUAGUCGAGUCGAACGCGUGCCGCAGACUGUGGUGAUGCAGCAACCUGUCUCGAAUGUGGGUGGAGCCAAGGCACCUUCUCUGCCGCAAAGCCCCGCCCCUUCACAGCACCACUUUGUCCCUAGUGAAUCCGAUGGAGAGGGGCGUAGGGGAGGGUUUGUAGACAGCACCAUCAAGACACUGGAUGAGAAGCUGCGGAAUUUACUGUAUCAAGAGUACGCUCCCAUGUACCCAUCUGGGAGUGCUGCCGAGACUCCAGGAUCUGGCACAGAGUACAUCCAGUCCCCACCAGGACCAGAGAGUGCAGUGGGAGGGUCAGGGACCAGCACAUCCAGUCUUGUGGGAGAGGGACGACUCAGAGGAGGAGAACAGUUGCCUCAGAUUCCAGAGCGUGUGGACAGUUUGAGUGCUCUCAGUGACUCUGCUGUUGGAGUUACUGUGCCAAGGAGACAUGUGAUGCCACACUCUACCUCCUGCUCUGGAUCCAGAAGUCGAUUUAAGAUGAUGCCUGGCACAACUGACAUCCUGUUAGGUCAAGGGCGAAAACAGCGUAGCUUUAGCAGCACAGCAUCGCAAGCGCACCCUGAUGGCUCUUUUGGGGAGUGUGCCACGUUCGAAGAGCCACCUGCCUUAGUCACCAUUAUUGGCAGGUUUUCUGUGGUCAGUACAGAGGAUGAGGUCACUCGCAGAAAGCACAGCAGCAGAUACUCUGCCCCACCUGACUUUUAUUUGGACGCCCCACCUCCCUUGACCAAACAAGCCUCCCUGCCAAGGGCCCAGACCUCGGUGUCAUUGGAUGUCACUGUUCACACCCGCUUCAUGUCUCCUGACUCUGAGGCCGAAAGCAGCCCUGCCAAAAUGGCACCCACAACCCCGUCCCGUCAUGGACGAUCCGAAAGGAGAGGAAGUGAUCUCAUGAAAAGGGCAGUGGCAUUUCUGAGGCGCUCCGGACGCAGUAGUAGUGUGCAAAGCUCUGAUUCGCCAAGCAGAAAGGGUGGGGUUUAUGGGUCAUAUGUCAGCAGUGACAAUGACUCUGAAAUGGAGGACUCAGACAUAAAGAGGGAGCUUCAAAGACUGAGAAAAAAGCAUAUGAAGGAGAUUACAGAAUUGGAGGCCCACCACCGAGAAGAGAUUGAGCAUCUCUACAUCCAGUUAGGGAAAUCACCACCUCCAGGUUUUUAUGUCUCAUCCACAGUGCCCCCUUCUGGACGUAAGCGCAGGACAAACAGGCACAAACUUAAAGCUGGCAAACUGCUCAGUCCCCUGGUACAACAGCUGAGAAAUGUUGCCGCUAAAACAUGUGACAGCAGCAAAACGAAUGAUUUAACAAAAUCAGCUGAGGAUGCCCCGAGCUUGAAUGGGUCUCCUGCCAAAGCUUCCAAUGUGUCUGAUGGCAGGACUUAUUCUGGGACUGGGACUUUGCCUUGCUCUGUGUCUGAGCCUGUUCAGACCCAACAGCCCUGCUCUCUCAAGGGAUCUUUAUCCUCUGACAACUUCUAUUCUGGUCUCCAGGGAGAAGGACCAGGGCCUCACAGCCAGCCAGCCCAAGGGUGGCCUCCUUCUCCCCAGGCAUCUGCGCAGGUCACCUAUAAAUCCAGUAGCAAACCACGUGCUAGAUUCCUCAGUGGGCCUGUUUCUCUAACCAUCUGGUCAACACUUAAACGGCUGUGUCUUGGAAAAGAACGUGGCAGCAGGUCCGGAGCAUCAUCAGGUGCUUCUCAGUCCCCAAUUCCCCCUGGAUCCACUCCUCCUCCUCACCAGCCGAUUGGUCUCACCCAAGCACAGACUAACAACAGCAACAAUAAGACGGAUGCUUUCACGCAGAACCAUUAUAGACUGGUGGAUAACUGGGCAGAAGAGGUGGGGUCUCCUUUACGCUCAUGCUCCCUCAGUCAAAGACCACAGCAAUUGACCAGAGCAAGGAUAUGGAGCGCUAUAGAGGCUCCAGUGUCAACAGAAAGAAUAAAUGCUUCCCAGCUCCCUCUUUCUUGGCCACAGAUAGAUCACCAUACUUCACAAGUGCUCCAGCACAGUUUCAUGGUGUCCAGUGAACAUUUGGGGAAAAUGCUAGCUGCCCCACUCUUAGACAUGGACCACUGGCCUUCAGUGACUGCCACUCUUAACCAAGGAGUCUUUGCCGUCCCCGCUGUGCAUUCUCCCCCUUGGACAGCCCCUUCCUCCCCCAGUGAGCUCCCCAGAACUAGGACCAUGUAGCUUUACCAUCCCUAUACCAAUACCGUUUCAUUUACUAGCAUGUAGCUGUUUACAAGGAGUAACAUGUAGUACAAGUAGUAAUCCAAUAUGAACAUGUAAAUAUUCUUGCCGACAAUGUAAGCAUAUGCUGUAAAUAGGUACUGUACAUUCAGUAUUAUUGUACAUAUUCAUGCUGCCUAGCAUAACUGAAUUUUAGCAUAGGCUAUGUACAGAACAUAUAUUUUUCAUCAAAAUCUAUUUAGCUUGCUUGUGUUUGUGCAGAAUCAACUCCUUAAAACCUUGAGCUGUACACAUACAGUAUGUACAGUAAAUGCUAUAAGUUAAUAUGCCCUUAAAUUUGUUUAGAUGUGUAUAGGCACUGUUUAUAUUUACUGUACAUGUAAAUCUAAAUAUGUAAAAUAACUGGACACAGGAAGACUGAGGUCAAGCCCAAAAUGUUUGGGUUGAAAACUAUCACUAUCACAUCGAAGGUGGGCGAAAACACUUUGAGAGAUGAUCACGAUCAUAAAGAUCACUGUGAAUGUUUUACCCCAGCCUUCAGUGAUCAUUGAUUUCACACUGCACUAGCCUAAAAGACAUAAUGCAUGCUAGAAACGUAACAACCACAAACUGCACUGAGAAACAAGCGAGAACUUAACAGACUGUACAUUUCAGGUGAAAAGCCUGCAAGAGUGCCUUGAACAGCAACUUUGGACUGAACUGCGUGCCAGCCAAUGUACUGAGGGCAAAGGUGACUGCUCUAAAUGUUCUGUUACCAAGAAUAAUACUAAUAAUACUAAUACUAAUAACUAAGUUCACAUUUUCCCAACCUGCAGUUUAUGACGAUAUUUAAAAAAUGCAUUCCAGCAAUUCAUAUUGAUGGUGUAAUUAAGUUACGAGUGUCAUUUUGUUUUGACUGUAUGUGCAGUAACAUUUAGGAGGAUAUUUUCUGCAUCGUCUAAUACAAUACAUAGAAAUCCUAAUAAUCCAGGGAUGGCUCAGAAUGGUUGACUUAUUUUGACUAAUUGUCCUAAAACUGACUAGAUGACUAGUGUGCUUGUCUAUUUUUUUAAAACUAUUAUUUUUAGAUGUGGUGCUAAAGGGGAUGAAUUUAGAGACGCAAGGAGGAUUUUACUGCACUGACAGCAUGCUGUGGUUUGUGUUAACCAUUGAACUAAACGCAUUUGUUAAAUUAAAUUAAAGCGCUGUGGCUACAAUCAUCAAAGCACAACAUUUUCACCACCUUCAACAAAAAAUGUCUAGGCAAUUAUUGUCAGACUUCAAAUCGCCUGCAAAGAGCAAUAUUCCUAUUAUUAUGCAUAAUCUGUAGGUCACUAUUUUUUGAGGACUAUGACAGUUUUGUGCAAUAAAAAAUUAUAAGCUUG